UUAUCAACUUCAUGAAGUCUUCAAAAUAAAAGAAAUAUUCUCUUUUCUUCUUUCAAAUAUGCAACCCGGUCGAAAUUCUGAGACGUCAACGGGUAAAGCGCAUUAUUUUGAAGAACCUGUAGCAUUUCCAACUACAAGAUUUAAGCGUUCUCUACUGGCACCAUUGCCACCGACCGUUGCCAAAGGUUUAGUGCAACCGUCUGUUUAUGAAACAACAACUGGUUCAACUCACAAUAUUAAAGUUCAAGAGUCUACUUUACACAAUCCGCUUUAUAAGAAAGCUCCGAACAGUAUGAAUGUCAACUAUGUUGAAGAUAUUUUAUCAACACUGAAGGUAAAACCGUGGCGAACACCGCUGACCAUGGGGUAUCAAAGCAGCGAAAUGAAACACAAAUACAAAGGAGAACCUGAGGUCACCUUGGAAACAAAAUUCGAUAGAAGAUUUCAGCCAUCAGUAUUACAUGAUCACCAUUUAAAUGGACCAUGCAAGAGCCUUGUGAGAUCUACUCAAAACAUGGAUGUAUCAGGUCAUGUUUUCGACCCUAAGGAUCGCGGUAUUCUCUCGUACCAUGGUGAUAUGUAUCUCACGACUACACAACAUGAUCAUCGAGCCUUUAACGAGGAAGAACUGAACGGAUAUCCAAAGAAAAAUUAUGCGACAAUCUGGGAAUGCGAAGAGUAUCCUAAAGCAUGGGGACAUGGAUCAAAAGAAAACCCACUUCCUCGCCACUCCGUUCCCAGAGAUGAUCGACCAAUGAGAGAUGUGACUGUGUUUCCUUCAGCAACAACUAUUCCCCCAUUUCCACAGCCUUUAAAACAUGUGCCUUCUAGUAUGACAACUGAAAUUCGCUCCAAUUUCUUGGAUCCACGAGACAGGAAGAAAAACGAGUUGCUCGGCAGCUCACUUCCUAAACCAUUACACAGACGAGAAGCAGGAAAAGAAGAAAUAUAUAUUGUUCCUAAAAUGUAUGAAACUGAAUAUCAAUACAUUGGACAGAAAAGACCAGCCAUGAUCGCUUAAGCGUGGCUUUUGAUACUGUAAAAAGGAUCGUAAGAUAACUUUAAUGCUAUAUUUAUUAAAGUAAUUUAAAAUUUUAAUGAACAAACACGGUAUGUAAUGGAAGCACGAAAUGGCCAAAAUGUGGUUUACAUAGAAAUGUGUAGUGUAUAAUUAAGUAUAGAUCAACAACUUUCUUUAGGUUGCUCAUAGGUUUUGACUAUGUCCAUGGCGAGUUAUUGAAGUUGCCCUUGAAAAAAACAAAUAGAGUCUUUCACUCUUGUUGAUUACUUACUGCUAUACUGCCUUUAAUUUGCAGAUGAAUUUACUAACUUUUCAAAAUGAAAGUUUUUGCAAGACCUUUCGUACAAUGCGCUUACAUUAUCGUGCCCAUGUUCUACUCCAUGUAAGCAAUGUCUUCUCAAAUCUGUUGAAGUGUGUAGAAAGACACUAUGGUAGAUUGUCUUUCCAUCACAGCUUGUAUUUAACAUCCAAAAAAACAACUACAUAAUUUUUUUAAUUAUUAGAAAGACAAUUUUAAUUAAGAAAACAAUUUUCACAACAUAAAGAAACGUGUGAACGUAUUUGUUUCUGUGCAAAUUCGCAGAAUUAUUUUGCGAUAUCUUUGAUACCAUGGUAAAUAAGCUAUUGUGCUCAUUAUAUAAUGUUCAAUAGAAAGAGAACGAA